AUAUUGUCCUUAGUUCUGUGGCACAGCAUGUAACCUCCCAGGCCUCCUGGUGAUCAAUGUUUUGCAGGGCUGCUUUGUUGCUUUGUGGGAGCAAAGUGCUCUGAGAGAAUGAAACCCAGGAAUAAUUAGUACUUUCUUGUGCUCGUUGUGUGGGUGUUCACAGAGCACAACAACAUCUUGCCGUGCUGAGCAAGGGCAAUUCAGGCAGAGGAACUGAGCAUUGUGCUGGAUGAUUUAUUUUGGCAGGCCUGGCAGGAUGACAAGCACAGCUACCAAGAGCAGCUACCCGGAUCUGACGCGGAAAACACUCUGCGGGAGCCCGUUCCUCAGUAUCAAGUUCUUUGUGUUCUGCCAUGGGCUGCUGCAGCUCUCCCAGCUCCUGGUCUCCGGGUACCUGAAGAGCUCCAUCUCCACCAUUGAGAGACGGUGGGGAACACGCUGCUGAUCGUCUUCAUCAGUUACUUUGGGAGCCGAGUGCACAGACCGCGGUUUAUCGGCGCCGGUGCCCUGCUUGUGUCCCUGGCCGGGUUCCUCAUGUCCCUGCCCCACUUCAUCACUGGGCCCUAUGAGUUUGACCAGUCUGUUGCCAGCACGUUCAGCAACACCACUGACCUGUGCCAGCCCAGGUCCUGGGCGAACCUCAGUGAUGCCAACUGCACCCCCCGUGCCAGCAGGGAGAACCACGAGGUUCUCCUGGUCAUGUUCAUUGCCCAGGCCCUGCUGGGCAUUGGUGGUGUCCCCAUCCAGCCCUUUGGGAUCUCCUACAUCGACGACUUCGCCAACAAGAGGAACUCCCCCCUCUAUCUGGGAAUCCUGUUCUCUGUGACUGUCAUUGGGCCAGGGGUGGCCUUCAUGCUGGGCUCUGCCAUGCUGCAAUUCUACGUGGACAUCGACAAAGUCAGCGGAGCUCAAGUCCAGCUCACCCAUGAGGACCCGCGGUGGGUGGGUGCCUGGUGGCUCGGGUUCCUGGUGGCAGCCAGCCUGGUAGCUCUGUCUGCAGUGCCAUAUUUCUUCUUCCCACGGGAGAUGCCAAAAGAGGUGGUGAGUGGGAAGGAGAGUGACAGCAAGAAGAAGGAGGACAUGCUCAGCCAGCUGAGGGCGAGGCCUGAACACACACAGAACCUCUCUCUGGUCGAGUUCAUCAAACGUUUUCCUCUGGUGCUGUUGAGGAACCUGCGUCACCCCGUUUACCUGCUGGUGGUGCUGGCUCAGGUCAACAUCUCUGCCAUGGUUGCUGGUUUAGCAACGUUCAUGGGCAAGUUCCUGGAGAGACAGUUCUCCCUCACAGCAUCCUUUGCCAACAUGAUCAUUGGUGCUGUGAACAUCCCGGGGGCGAUGGUGGGGAUCGUGGUGGGCGGUGCCAUCCUCAAGCGGUUCCAGAUGUCCUUGAGGCAGUGCAGUGCCAUGUGUGUCCUGGGCAUGCUCCUGUGCCUGCUGGUGGCCUUCCCCCUCCUCUUCCUUGGUUGCCCUACGCAGAAGGUCGCGGGCGUCACCUACAGCGGCAGCUCUGAAUUUGGGCACCACGAGUUGGAGUGUAACCUGCAGUGCAACUGCCCUGAGAAGGCCUAUAACCCCAUCUGUGGCUCCAACUCCAUCGAGUACACCUCACCUUGUGCUGCUGGUUGCAGGGCUGUCAACAUCCAGGAGGGCACCAACGUAGUCCUGAACUACACCAACUGCAGCUGCAUCUCCGAGAACGGGAGUUUUGCCACUCCCGGGACCUGCGGCACCGGCUGCUCCCACCUCUUCCUGCCUUUCGUGGUCCUGUCCUGCCUGGCUGGGAUCCUCGCCAGCACAUCCCACACCCCGUCCUUCAUGCUCAUCCUCAGGAGCAUCCAGCCUGAAGACAAAUCCUUUGCUGUUGGGAUACAAUUCAUGCUGCUGAGAGUUUUAGCGUGGAUGCCAGGGCCCAUCCUGUACGGCAGCGCCAUCGACACCACCUGCAUCCUGUGGGAGAAGAGGUGUGACAGGAAGGCAGCCUGCAGAUACUAUGACAACACCCUCUUCAGGCAAAGGUACCUAGGUCUCCAGUUUUUCUUUGAGGUGGGAGCCUUCCUGUGCUUCGUGGCUGUGUACGUGAUCCUCAGGAAGCAGGAGAGGGAAGCCAGCAAGGCAGCAGAGACAAAGGCAGACCCAGAGAAGGAGAAGCUGGCAGGAAAGUCCACAAAGACCCCAGAAUCCAAAGUGUGACACCAAGAAGGUGACUUGUGAUCUGUGUCCGGGGAGGUGAAGCCACCCACCCGUUAACUGUGAAGGGUGGAUGGUGGUGGACCAUGGGGCUGCUUCCUGAUCUUCUGGGUGGGAAUAACUCCUCCUGCACUGCCCGGAAGUCCAUCCAUACGUUGUUCUGCCUCUUCCACCUCGGUGGUGCAGCUUGUUCCUUCACAUGGAUUAUUCCACUCACCGUAACCUUUGGAUGCUGCAGCCUUCAGGAUUUAUGUCCUCCAAAGCAUUUGUUCCUGCUGACAGUCUUGGUGAUGCCAGCACUGAACAUUAACCACACAGCUGAAGAGUUUUGUGUGUGUGAGUGGUUUUUUUUUAGCAAUAAAUCAUUUUUAAAAAAUGGUUUUGUACUGAACCCAUAGAUCUCUGUGAGUGAUGGUCUGUCCUUGCCUCCAGAAUGUCAGCUGUGCUUAUUACCUUUCCUCUCAGGGGGUUAGAUGGUCUCUCUUCCUUGAAGGCUUCAUCCAGCUCCACCUGACAUUGCUGGGAUUUUUGUCACUGGCUGUGGACCUUUCCAAGGACCAACCUACACAUCUGCUGAAGCUUUGGUGGUGAGGGGCAGGGAUAAGGAUCCUGGGGAGGGGAAGACAUCAAAAGGAACUGGAGAAACUCCAAUACCUGCA